ACAAAUCAGUCCAGUCCAGCCUGUGAAUCAGUACUGCGGAUCACGACUGUCAGUUUCAACUCAUGCUGCGCACACGAUCUCUGGCAGCCGACUCUUGUAUCUAGGGGCACUCUUGUGCGAUACAGCCCGUGGGAAUAUAUAUAUAUAUAUCGCAACAUGUCACGGCAUCACAGGACGUCGCUGAAAAACGAGGAGAGUGUGGUGGAGGUGAAGAGCAAAUUUGAGGCGGAGUACCGCAGGUUUGCCCUGAAGAAGAAAGGAGCCGGGGGCUUCCAGGAAUUCUACCAGCUGCUGCAGACCAUUCACCGGAUCCCCGGAGUGGAUGUGCUGCUGGGAUAUGCUGACGUCCAUGGAGAUCUACUUCCAAUCAACAAUGAUGACAACUUCCACAAAGCACUGUCCUCGGCCAAUCCGCUGCUUCGGAUCAUCAUUCAAAGGAGAGAUGUAGAUGACUCCAUGCCCUUUCCAACAGGCUCUCUUCAGAGAAGAAAAAAGGGCCUAGCUGGUCUGCAUCAACCAAAGCAGAGGUCCAAACCAUCGCUGCUCAUCGGCCUUCCGCAGGAUUUCCGGCAGAUCUCUUCUAUCAUAGAUGUGGACAUCUUACCCGAUACGCACCUCCGUGUCCGUCUGCACAAGCAUGGCACCAACAAACCCCUCGGCUUUUACAUUCGUGAUGGCGUCAGCGUCCGCGUCACUCCCCAAGGGGUGGAGAAAGUUCCCGGCAUCUUCAUCUCUCGCCUCGUGAAAGGAGGAUUAGCAGAGAGCACAGGAUUGCUGGCAGUCAACGACGAGAUUCUGGAGGUGAACGGUAUCGAUGUGGCAGGUAAAUCACUGGAUCAGGUCACCGACAUGAUGGUGGCGAACAGCCACAACCUCAUCGUGACCGUGAAACCCGCCAAUCAGCGCAACAACACAAUGCACCGUGCGAGUAAAACGUCUGCUGGCAACAGUUCGGCUGGCUCGGUAGGCUCCGCCCUCUCACAUGACUCCGCCCCCAGUCCCGCCUCACAGAACGCCAGCCAAUACAGCAACAGCAACAGUGUGGCUGAGGGCGACAGUGACGAUGAUACGGACCUCAUCAUCGAGAACGACAACCUGUUGACGUACACGCCACACCGUAUGACUAAUGGCAGUGGCAGCCAUGCUAACACCCUGUCGUCGGGUUCAUUUGCACACAGGCCCCUCCCACAAAGUGUUUCUUUGCCCAGUAGCAGUUCUUUAAGCUCCCUGACUACACCUACACACAACGGCAGCCCCACCAAGAUGAGCAGUAGUCAAGAAAGCAUGAGAGAGGACGGCAACUUUAUUACGUUGUGAGCUACAGUAGGUUUUUACACCACAGUUUAGCCUUUAUGCACAUUUAUAAGAAAAUGAAGGAACUAUUAUAUUAUCAGCUAUUGUUUUUCACCCAUUACUGUCACAAACAACAACCAAUUCAUGAUCUUUCCUGUGAAUGAGGACCUUUGGCCCAGAUCACACUGGUUGCACAAUCUAGCCCGUGUGUGAGGGCAUGUGGCUGUCACUGUAUGGAAGUGCCUUAUGGCUCUCUACUCCUCUCGCCUUAGUUGUUUUUUCUCCUUUUGGGACAAAUCGGCCGUAUUCAUUUGUAUUGACUCCGAGGACAGUCGAUCAGAAGUGUGCUAGCUACCACUGGGGUGCCUGACGUUAUCACUUGCACCUCCGAGGAUUCGAGAGAUGAACAAAUCACAUGUGGAAAUGAUGCGUGUCUUGUUUUGGAUUCAUCUCGCUUUUAAGGACGCAUCUUGCAUUGAUGAUGAUGGAAGAUGAUGAGGAGGAGGAGGAGGAGGAGGAGGAAAAUACAAGUGUUAAACCAGAUCUGAUCAGUGUUGAUUAUGUUUGUUUGCUCAUCGCAUCUCAUUCUGACGCUGAUCGUAGUUUCUGUUACUGAAAAUGUCUACCAAAAUGUGCUCUACAUGAUUAUUUUAAAGUGUUGGUAUUUGCAAUCAAGUCAUCAAUUCAAAGUGUUUAUAGAUCACUUUUUUUAAUGUCUCAAAAAUGUGCAGUAUGAGACGUGAAGUGUAGUGUUAAGAUCAUCCCCAAUACGGCAACAUUUAAAGAUGAUUGUAUUCUCUCUCACUGUUUGUUCAAAAGAUAUUUUUAACACUUCCAAGUUGGCUUAAUAUUGACAUUCAUUAUCUCUGUCAAAAAAAGCUAAGUUCCAAGGAAAUUGAAACCUCUUUUUGGGUUAAUCUGCUGUCUAAUGUUGCAUUAAAAGUGGAAUUCACCCGAAAAAGUAAAUUCGUGGAAAUUCACUCACAGUCAUGUUAUUCCAAACCUAUUUGACUUCGUCUUCUGUGGAACACAAAAGAAGAUAUUUGAAGAUUUUUGGUAACCCAAUAGUUUGCUUACCAUUUGAGUUAACUGAAAACAGACUUUUCUCAAAACGUCAUCUUGUAUGUUCUUCAGAGGAAAGAAAGUUGAACAGGUUUGGAACAACAUGAGGGGAGUAAUGGAAUUUUCAGUUUUGGGUUAACUAUCCUUUUCAGGUUUAUAAACAGGUUUGAAUUUUGCCUUUUAUUGUUUAAAAAAGCAUUCAGGCACACGCUCUUUUUUUUUUUUUACGAUUUUCCCCUUUUUGUUUAUAGUUUUUCUCCACCUCCAGAAAAAUAGGAAUCUAUAUAGUUAUCUGGCACCAGUGCGGCGUAACUUCAGAAAGACUUGACCUCUCAUAGUCUGUCCAUUCUCCUGUGUGCUCAGUUUUUCUGUAAAGAGAAAAAAAUAAUAGGAAAUUCCUUUUCAUGUUUGGAAAGGCAAGAUUUCUGCACACUGGGACCUUUUUCACGCAGUCCUCUCCUGAUGGCCAAAGCUGUGAGGCUUUCUUAGCCUUGGUGGGUGUGUGCAUGUGUGUGUUCGUUCUUAUUUUAAAGUAUAAUCUUACAGAAACAGUACUGAGGUGGACACUGUCAGUCUCGGGCCAAAUAUUGUUUUCUCUAAUGUCCAACAGACCCGAUUGCUGUUUUCAGGCAACGGGUUUCCAGGUGAACGCUUGUUUAGACUGUGGAGAUACCGGCCUCAGGACAUCCAGUGCUUUAAAGGCUGUCUAUCAAACCAAGUGCCCAUGAUGGACAAAAGACUUAAAUGCAUAAAAUGCCUAAAACAUCCCAGUGCUUUUUCCAGGUGUACUGAUGAGCGAAUUAUCCUUUAUCAGGAUUACAUUUGGGGAUGUUACUAAUAUAUAUUUGUUAAUCAUUCCGAAUGUUUUGAAGGACAUCUCAAGUUUAACAUUUUCAGUUAGAAGCUGUUGCCAGUAAAAAUAACCAGGAAGCCAGUUUUUCAUGCCAUAACUGAUAGGUGUGAAUCAUGAAGGUGUAUCCUUAUCCUUAUCAUCAUUAUCUGGUUUAACUCGAUCUUCAAAACCAAUGAGGUGUUACUUCGCCACAAAACUGACAUCUAUCAGGGUAGCUUUGAAUCUGAAAGAGAGUGUAGUUUACUUGAACUGGUCUAGACGUAACCUGUGCACAGCUGACAGUGACUCGUUGCCUCGGGUUUUCACAGCAACAUUGUUACAAGCAGACAGCAAGGACAAACGUAUAGCAAGAGAUAUCUGGAGAAGCGUGAACUGUCGCUUUGUUGACUAUAUUUAAUUAAUAGGUUUUAUUGGUAUACUCUAGAUGGAGGGAGUAAAUGAAAAGCGCUGGGUUUUAAGAAAAAUAAGUGAUGGCACGUAAACUACAUAGAGCAGCACACAACUGGAGCACCAAUAAUACCACAUGAGCAUUAUUUUUUUUGUGCGUAUGUCAAUGUAUAUGUAUAAAUAGAAAAAUGAAAUGACGGCCACUUUUGUACACUAGGAGCCCUUUUUAUAAAAAAGAGCAUUUUAUAUAUGUGUAAAAUAUUGAAAGUAUUUUUCUUAUUCUUGUACUUUUGUAUGUAUAUUAGAAUUCUGGAGAGGAGGUUUCUAUUUCUUUUGAGUAUCACAAACAAAACUCAAAUCUUUAGACGCUUGUGUUUUUAUUCUAAUUAGAUGGGUCAAGGUGUACAAUGCUGUGAAUGUUAUAAGCGGAUUAUGAAAUGUUCUAUCAAGAUAAUAAAAGUAUUUAAAGUUGA